AUGAUUUUCUUAUUAAUCUAUGUAAUCAACAUUAGUGCUUAAACAAUAUCAUAGCUAUAAUUUUCAUUAUACCCAACCGAAGAAGAACUUUAUUAAAACUAUCUGGAAGGAUUUCUACCAUCUUCUUAAUUAAUGUGCAAAAUUGAUCAUUAAGUUCCAAAUGUAUAAAUAAUAAAUUAAUCUGAAGAAAUAUCUAUAACAAAAGGAGAUUGUAAAAUAUUAAAAAUAUAAUUAUAGAAUUUAUUUCAAUGUCAUCAAAUAAUACGCAUUUUUUUACAUUGUCAAAUAAAAAUACAGGAAGAAUGUAUGAAUGGAAGAAUUAAAAUAUUCAAUAAGUUGGUUCAAAUGUGACAAUUAAUUCUUCAUUUAAUUGCUUUAACAUCAAUUUGUCUUAAUAUUUUUCAAUUUUGAUAGAUUGUUAUUCGAACAAUGAAUUCUUAUUGAUUCAAUUAAUAGAUAAAUAGUAACAAAUUGCUUAUUAAAAAUAAUCUUCCAUACCUACUUCAACUAAAAUUUAAACAAUUGUUAAUGGAACAAAUCCUUUUCUAGUAUAUGCCCAAUAUUUUGAGAAAUAUUCAAUACUUUCGCUAUUCAUAAUUAUUUUAAAACUUAGGUAGUUUAAAUCAAUACUAAUUUGCUGAUUUUGAUAUUCCAAUUACAAUAAGUCCAAAUAUUUAUGCAAUAACUAAUUAAGAGAUAUUCUAAUUAUCCAUAUCUUCAGAUUCUACAUUUAAUAACAAAUAUAGAUUUACCUCAACAGGUAUGAACAAUUUUACUAUUAUUAAUGCUUUUUAUAAUUUUUUGAGUUACUCCUAGUGCGAUCAAAUAAAGUUGUUAUAUAUCCAAAAGUAUUCUAAUUUAUCGGAUUACAAGAUAGCUCAAUUUUUGGGAUGUGAAGGGUAAAUAAUCAAAGUUAUGGAUUUUUGUCCAGUUAAUUCUUGUCAAUCUAUUCAGAAGAUACUUUAAAAUACCUAAUUUAUGAUAUAUAUAUCAACUAAUGUAAGGGUUAUUAUGUAAAAGUCAGAAGGAGAUAGGUUUUUCUUCUAUCAUAUUAAUUAAAACAAUUCACUAUUUUAUUUCAAUGACGAUAAUGAGUUAUAAGUCAAAAAAAAUUAUUAAUUUUAUUUUAAUUUAAUUAGAAUAUUUUUGUUUAUUAAAUUUCACUACCAUCUAUCAACUUGA